UGAUAGCAGCCGCCGCCUCCAAGGUCCAAGCCGGAAAGUCUAGGAUUGUAGUCUCUGGCCCGAAGGAGGGCGGCGUUUUCCGCUUUGUGCCUUUUAGUACCUGUACGGACGGAACAUCACAAACCACUGUGGACGGGAGUUACCUUGGUAUCCGCGUCGAAGCCGGAACAUCAUUUGUCCGUCUCAUUAUCGAAGCGGCGCUGUCUGCGAGUUCAGGUUACCGAGCCCGUCUCUCUGAAGUGCUCUCCUCGCUCUGCCACGCCCUUCCCCCCUCCGUCGAGAUGGAUGACACAUUGGCCGGAGGCGUGGCGACAACAGCUUCUAAACCAUCGUCCCAGGCGCCGUCCACGCGGAAGAGGCGACACUCAUACACGCGCGUUGCUUGUGUAAGGCUCACCUCCAUCACCUCGGUCGUCAGGUAUCUUACCCGCGAUAGGAAUCCUACGGAGAGCCAAGCUUCCUCUACGAAUACCGUGAAUCAGCAAGCUGCGUCUUCCACAGACUCCCAUCCAGGGCAAUCCCAUUCAGCGGCUGCCACUACAACAACGCCUUCAGCCCCGUCAAAGGCCAAUGGACUGCUCAGCUCGGACUACUACCUUCAGCUGGCCGAGAAGCUUCUAACCGCAGCAAGGCCCCCAUCUACCCAGAAGGCCAAGCCCCAAAACCCUUAUAAUGGUGUUCCUGUCACGUAUCUCCUUGAACAGCUCCUCCUGCAUCGGGCAAGCAAAUCUUCUGGGAAUGUGUUGGCUUUCAUUGACAACGAUCGCUGGAUCAACAUCAUCGCGUUUUAUGAAGAGGAGAUUGGCGUUCAAUAUCCCUUUCUCAAUCUCGAAGAGGUCAAGCGCCAGGUCACAGAAGUUGAUUCGAGGAAUGCACGAGAUGAUCAACAUCAAUCUUCACGGUCACCGUCUACCAGUCAAGUGAGCCGCAGUCAGAUCGAGAAUAUUGCCAUCCAUAUAUUGGCCAUCAUUUCCAUUUUCGCCGAUGCACGAGCGAUUGGCAUAGCAAAUCCCUGGGUUGAAGAAACAUAUGCAGCAACAGUAGCAAAAACACAACUCCAAAGCACCAUCAAUGCUGCUGAUUUAUGCCUGCUGAUUCUUGCUGCCAUCUUCUUCUUCCACAGUGACCGGGAAGUCUUAGCUUGGAGAGCAAUUGGCAAUGUUCUUCGGCUUCUGCAGGAAAAUAGCUCCCGAAACUCGGGGGACCUGAGUCUUCACGAGGGAAGCCAAAUUGCAGCAUCGGGCGAAAAAGUAUACUGGUGUGUAUACACACUCGAUCGGCGCUGGAGUUUUGGCACAGAUUUGCCGUUUGCAGUUCACGACACUGAGAUAGACCGACAUCCCAUGCUGGAGAAUGACUCACCUUCAACAUCCUAUGUCAUCAGCAUGGUCUCCUAUUGUCGAAUCUCUUCUGAUGUGAGAAAAUGGCUGUUGGAACCAAUAUCUGGCUCCGCGUCCGAUAUGACGCGCGAUUUCCUCGAUUUUCGCAUUGUGCAAUGGAAGCGCAAUUUGCCAGCCAAUCUUCAAUAUGACCCUUCCACAAAAUAUGAGCCGACGAGGGUUGACCGGGGAGAGUACAGAAUCCGCCUGCUUCUGUACCUGAGGGCCAACCAGAUGAGAAUCAUCAUACACAGGACAUCGGCAAAUCGCCUCGCAUCAAACAACCUCGACUCAUCAACAGCCAAUGUUCUGGCUGAAGUGUCUCAUGAUACGAUCCGCACCUUGGUCCGGCUGGCCGACGAGACCGAUAUCUAUCACGCGCAGCACAAGACUUAUAACCAUUUUCUUGAAUCCGCCUUAUCUUCGAUGCUUCUCGUUCUGGGCAGUAUCAACGACGAUGCCAAUCGAGCCUCGUGCCUCCAAGAUGCAUUCGAUGCCGUAGAGCUGAUACAGCGCCUAUCAUUGACAUCACCCGUCUCGCAACGCCUCUUGGAACGAUUACGCAACAUCCACGAGGCUAUGGAUAGCUUUCGAGCUCGAGGUAGUAGAGCAACAUCGCAUAUGUCGUCAAGCCUUGAUGGAACCACGUCGCUACCGCAAACCGCGUUCAGCCCGGAUCGGUCUAUGGCGUUUGCACGACUCGAAGCCGAUCAAGGCCAUGGCAAUGCCUCCAGGACAAAUAUGGACAUGGUAAGGGCAUCUGAGCAGCCAUUGGCGGUUUCUGUAUUGUCCGGCCGUGAUGGGGCUGAGAGAGACCUGCAACAACGCAGGAUCAUGGGUUAUUCUCUGGGCGGGAAUCAGACAAUGGCGUCGCCGUCUCAUUCUUUUCCCCAAACAUCAUCAGCUGCUGGCGCUGCCGUUGCAUCGCCGGAUAUGCCGCACUCAAGGCGUGGUUUCGACAUGCCCGGAACUAUCCUUAAUCUGGCUACUGACUUGCCUUUCAUGAAUUUUCCCGAACUGGGACAGUUUUUCGACGAUAAUCCGGUCAAUUUCACAUUCUAG